AUGAAGUCGUCGUAUAGAUCCAGGUGUUCGUACGGAUUGACAAAAGUGGUAAAGUUGGAGGGAAUGCCCAAUGACAGCAAAAUGGACUUCUCCUCGUCCGUGAGGUCUGGUAUCGCGAAGUUUCCCGUCUUGUCACUGAAGACAUUGCAAACGCAUCUCAAACUCACGGGAUUUAGUUUACCGCUGAUGUCGACGAUAAUGAACGCAUCGGUUAAACGAAAACUGCAGAUAAAGGAGGAGCCUGUGGACGAGACAUCGGCGCCAGAGACAAAGCCGAAGCGAAAGAGACCAGAAUUGCCGGAAUAUUCUUUGGAUGACUCCGACUAUUACGUGGACAACGGCUUACGGAAAGUGUAUCCCUAUUACUUCACGUACUUUUCCCACUGCAAGGGCCGGUGGAUGGGACAGGAGUUGCACUCCUUUUACGCCAAUGAGUUCCGUGGACUGACACCCGAGAAGAUUAGAGGUCGCAUCGAAAACGGAUUUCUUUUGGUGAACAACCAGAAGGUGGACAUCGAUUACAAACUCAAAGGACACGAUCUGCUCACACAUCGCCUCCAUAGACACGAAUCGCCGGUACUUUCGGCGCCCAUACCUGUCAUCCAUAUGUCUAACGAUAUGCUGGUUGUGGACAAACCUCCGUCCAUUCCCAUACAUCCUUGUGGUAAAUACAGACACAAUUCAGUGAUGCAUGUGUUGGCCAAAGAGCACAAUAUGACUGAUCUCUACAAUAUCCAUCGUUUGGAUCGAUUAACAUCCGGAGUACUACUGAUCGCCCGAAACACGUCCACCGCUCAGAAAUUUCACGAACAGAUCCGCAAUCACUUAAUUUCCAAAGAAUACGUUUGUCGAGUUGUCGGCAAAUUCCCAGAUGGUGUCGUGACCUGUGAUCAGCCGCUCGAAACCCUGUCCCACAAGAUAGGCAUCUGUAUUGUGGACCCGAAGGGCAAGUCCUGCAGCACUGCCUUCGAGCGACUCAACUAUAACGGCAAGAGUAGUACCGUAUUGUGUAGACCCAAGACAGGGCGCAUGCAUCAGAUCCGUGUCCACUUGCAAUACUUGGGUCAUCCCAUUGUCAACGACUCUUUCUAUAAUAACGAUGCGUUUGGGCCCCAGAAGGGAAAGGGAGGCGAAUACGGAAAGUCUAAAGAAGUGCUAAUCCAAGACAUUGAUAAACAACACCAACGAAUGCUUUAUCUCAUAUCAAAUGUCAGUGAAGUGUCGGCUGAGGAGCGAGAGAUAAACGAUAGGAAACGAGAGAUCGCUUUAAAAGCCUUACAUCACUACACGAAUCGAGAGGAAUGGCAUGCGUUGACUGAAAAAUACAAAUGCGACACAAAUCGGUUGAUAACAGACACCGAGUGUGAGGAGUGUGUGAACCGGACUAUUGAUCCAAACCCUAAGGAUUUACUCAUUUAUUUGCACGCAUUCUGUUAUAAAGGCCAAGACUUUGAGUAUAAGACAGCGCAUCCAGUCUGGGCUUUGGAUGAUUGGGAUUAUGAUUAAUGUAUCAUAUUUUUGACGAUAUUCUGGUUUUUGAAUCAAUUAAAUAGUUGUUUUGUUAUAAAUUUUA